CCAAACGAAAUCAAAACAUGGCGGUAAAUUUACAAAAGUAGACCAUGCACACAAGAUUGAGACCGCCUGAUAGGAUUAUUCCCCUGCUGGAACUAAACCCAUUCAUUGUCUGUUCCAUAUGUAAUGGAUACCUGGUUGAUCCCCACACUAUCACUGAAUGCUUACAUACAUUUUGCAAGUCCUGCCUUGUGAAACAUAUAAUGGACGUGAGCCUGAAUUGUCCCAAAUGUAAGAUACUCAUCCACCCAACAGACCCCUUCAUCUAUAUUAAACAUGACAGUCACAUGCAAGAUAUUGUGUACAAACUGCUACCCCAUAUAGACCUAGCUGAUGCUCAGAAAAUGAAAGUUUUCUAUGAGAAACACGAUGCUGCUAAUACAACAGUUACAAAAGUGAAACCAUGGAGAUCAAAGAAACGUAGAACUGUGUAUGUGAAUCUUAAACUGACAUGUUUAGGACCAAGAGGGUCAGAGCAUAUAAAUCAGCCACAGCCAUUGACCAAGCCCUUUGUCCAGGUUGCAGCGCUGGCAACUGUAGAAAACUUGCAGAAUUUCUUACUUCAUAAACUCCAGUUAUCCAGCCAGUAUAAGGUAACGUUAUUCUACAAUGGUAUUCACCUUACAGAUCUAACAUCUACCAUUGUAGACUUGAAACACUGCUUUGGAUCGAGGCUAAAGGAGCUGUUCCCAUUACAAUAUAGAAUACAGAGACUGCCAACAGUGUUUACUGCUCACAAAUCUUUCACAUUGCAGUCUUGACAACAGGCAGUUGAAAAUGACUUAGAAAUGUGAAAAUGUGAAAGUAUAACGCAUCUGUGCCACACAAAUAAUGUGAAUACAAUGAAGGACAGUACAAAGAAUAAUGUGAAUUUGAAAAUGUGAAAAUAUGUAAAUCAUCUGUUCCUCACAAAUAUAUCAAGUACAGUACAAAGUAUAAUGUGAAUUUGAAAGUAUGGAAACCAGGUUUG